AUGCCCCCGGCUGCUAUUCGCGGCGCGGCCGCCUGCACGCUCCACCACGACCGCACACACGGGAGGUGCGUCGCCGGCGUCACCUUUGGGUGCGAGCCCGGCCGUUCGGAUGCGGCCCUCCGCCAACCGCCGCGCGUCUGGGUCGCGGGCGGGUGCCGCGGCUACUUCAAUGCGACCGGUUCGCGUGAGCCGCCCUUUCGCUGCCCCUUCCGGAAGACUACCGGCGGCGGCCGGGUCUACUGUGGCCCAAACGAUGAGGCAACGCUCGCGCUUGCCACCUCUCCGCCGCACGCCACCGGCGGGCUGUGCCGCACCCUGCGGCCAAAGGCAGUCUAUGACGGCUCUCCGUACAGCUCAGUGCCUGAGAACCUCACCUCGAUACCGCACGAGAAAGAGGCGCUCGCGGCGGUGCUGGCGGCGGUGCAGUCGUGGUUUGCAAGGCUAGACAGCCUGAUGGUAACCCUCGCUCCAAAUUACACGUUCGCCGCUGGAUACAUUCGGCCGUUGCAGCUGCGGCGAAUGAUCGCGCUCGCGCAGACAGCGGGCAGCGGGGCAACGUACUGCGAGAUUGGCCUGAACGGAGGCCACUCGGCCGCCGCGAUGCUCGUUGCAAACCCGCGGCUAGCGUUCGACCUUCUCGCGCUCCCCUACUCGCGCGCGGCCGUCGACACGCUGCGCCGCGCGUUUGGCCAUCGCUUCGUCGUGCACGAGGGCGACUCGACUCGGCAAGUACCGGCGUGGCGGGCGCGGCUCGCCGCUGCAGCCGGAGGCGACGUGGCCGCCGCGCGCGUGUGCGACGUCGUCUUCGUGGACGGCGACCACCGCUGGCGUGGCGCGAUGCAGGACAUCGAGCAUACUAGUGCCGUCGCCGCGCCGGGGGCGGCUCUGGUCGUGGACGACAUUGCUGUCGGGCCCGGGAGGGCCCUCAGUGCAACCACACGGCGCAACCUGACUCGUGUCGACGAGCUGUACGGGCCGUUUAGCGCGGGCAGCAGCCACAAUCCCUGCCGCGGCGCGCUCGCGCCGCGCGGCGUGCAGCAGCAGUGCAACCGCUGGGGCUUCGCCGUCGGGCGCUUCCAACAGGAGAGCAGCGGGGUGCUCAGGUGA